UGCCAGCCAAUGAAGUCUACCAUCCUGUAUCCGUACGGUCCGCUGCGAGCUAAUGGCUGUUGCCGGAUGCUGCACGCCAAGCAUUUGGCGCUUACCAGCGCCAUCUACACCCUGAACAUCUCCAUCCUGGUUGUGCUGCUCUACUCGUGGCGGAUAAGCGUGAACGUGAAAAAGUACAGCGACCUGGAGGAUGUCUACUAUGGUGUUCAAAUAGCCUACUUUGCUAUCAUCGGAACGCAAUGCUCGAUGAUACUGCUCAGCGUAGUGCUUAUUUUCGGAAUCUAUCGGGAAAACAUCGGCCUGGUAGUGCCCUGGAUAAUCGGAUUUAUCACCUUCAUGGCGCUGGAGGCGGUGGCGAUGGUGUACUCGAACGUCCUGCGGGAUCACGUGAACCGCCAGUUCGACUCGCUCUGCAAGGCGGAGGUGGCGUUCUUUGUGUCACGCGCAAUCAUCAAUAUACUGGCGAUGUGGGCCGUGACACGCUUCUACAAUCUGCUGCGCGCGGGCGUCACCUGGAAGGGCCCGGAGCUGAUCGAGCUAUGACACAACUCGAACGAGACGGAGAAGACACUCGCCUCGUUCCGCGAUGAGACGCACUUGAUCGUGCGCAUCCCGGGGCCGGACGCGGACCUGCUGGACGUGAGCCGCGGAUUCACUCGGGGCCGUCGGCGACCCGAAGACGCCGACCAGGGGCACGUCAACGGAGGCGACGGCGAGGUGGACGACGAGGAAGAGGAGGACGACGCCGACGGGGUGACGACGGACACGGACGACAAUAUGAUCGGUGGCCGGCAGCCGGAUGCGAAGAGUGCGGGCAGCGGCAGCGACGAGGACGACUCGCUGCUGGUUGCGUACGAUAGCAACUCGAUUGCGUCCGUUUGACAAUACGGUCGGCUCCUGCGGUACGCCUCCGGCGAGUUGCAGCGGCAGGCGGACAGUGCCGUGUUGUUGUUCUUGAUCAUCUUUUGUAUCGAAGUUUACGCGCAGAUUUUAAUAUUUUUCUAAGCGCAUCUUUUUGGGACGGGGGUUAACGCCGUGGAAAUAAAUACCAAAGACAACCCUGCCGUAUAAGCUUGCAUUGAGUAGUGGGAAGAUAUUUAUUUAUACAUCAACGCUUGAGAAAGGGAAGGAAGGACACUUUCUUCAUAUUAAGCAAAACCAUUCGUUUAUCAUCAACGCCGGGGGCGAUUGUUACGAAGGCGACAAAGGAGACUACUCGUAUAGCAGGACGAUAAAGUAGGGUUACUAGACGUUACGAUGUUGAAAGAAAUAUUUGAAGAAGAAAAAAACAUAGAUUAUCAAAGUAGGGCAGCAAGCAAAUCCAAACGGAUGUAAGUUGUACAUAAAGAUGAAAUAAAUUUAGGAAGGCGUUGUGACGGCAGUGUUAUUGACGGUAUUGACGUAUACAAACAAGUGAGGAUCAAAUGAAAUGAAAUAUAACUGAAAAAAAUACGUGUAGCUGAAACCAAAAGAAGAAAAAACAACCAACUGGAAUACACAAUAAAUGGGCUGCUGCGCAGCAUAAACAAUUAACA